GCACUAGGUACAUAUAGCCAUGGGAAUGCUAUUCAAGCUGAAUGAGAGUAAUCGAAGGAUUGAAGUCAGAGAUGGACCGAUAGUUUAUUCCUGAAUAUAAUUAAUUAGCAAUUCUCUUUAACCUGUAGGCGUUUUUUUAAAAUAAUGAGCGCGUGAAACUUUCCGCCUUCUUGUUGGUAUAGCCAAAGAAAUCAGGGGAUUGAUAAGGAAUCGAAAGCAACUUGUUUUGCUUUUGUUUAGAUGCCUUCAAGCCUUCAAGAGAAUCUGUUGUGUUACAAGUUAGAUCUAGAAUCUAUAUUGCUCUGAUAUAAGCUAAACAAGAAACAGAGAAACAGACUUAAUUACCCAGAAGAUGGCUGACGGUCCGUCUCCAGCAAAAAAAGCAAAAACUGACUCAUCAGACUUGCCUGAAUGCCCUUAUGGUGCUCGAUGCUACCGUAAGAACCCCCAGCACUUUAAGGAAUUUUCUCAUUCUAAAGACAAGGAUGAACCAGCUUCUACUUCAGGAGCGAAACCCAACAUUGAUGACAGUUCUCUGCCUCCAUGUAAAUAUGGAGAUAAAUGUUAUCGUAAAAACCUUCUCCACUAUGCUGAGUUUUCUCACCCUACGUCGCAUCCUAUCAAAGCUGCCUCGGGAAGUGGUGAUGACACAGAUGUGUACGAUUCAGAAGAAGAGAAGGAUGAAAAAAAGGGUUCAGAGAGCAAAGAUAUCAUCAGCAAAGAUCUAUCUCUGGUGAAAAGAUUCUCACAGUUGACUCCAGAGGAGAGGAAAGAAUUGAUUAAAAGAGCCUUUGAGGAGAAGCAGAAGCUACAGCAGGAGUUGGAUGGAGCAAAGAAAAUGGUAGAGAAAAAAGACAAAGAGCUCAACCACAUGCAAAAACAGCUGAAUAGUGGUCUUUUGCUAAUGGAGGGUGAGGAGGAGGCAAUGAAAAAGAACACGACCACAUAUUUUGAACUUGUCGCUGAGAGGUCAUACAAGGAAGGGUCUGCCAGUCAGUUUCAUUUCAGGCUGGCGGAAUCUCAGUUUUACAGGCUGCUGUCUGGUCCGGCCUCUGCUAUGACUCGAAUAGUUCGUGUUGAAUAUGUGGUCACUCCGCACGUGGUAAAAAAGUUUAGGCAGGCCCAAGCAGAACUGAAAAAAAAGAGAGGAGAACAAUUUUCUUACCCGGUUCUUGGUUUCCAUGGCACAUUGGAAAAGAACAUACAACCAAUAUGUGAGAAUGGUUUCAGAGCUCCAGGUGAGCAAAAGUUCAAGCAGCGUACAGAUAACGGAUGGUACGGUGCUGGGGUGUACUUCAGCGAGUAUCCCUCCUACUCAAUGGGUUACGUCCAUGGGGCUUCCAAGCUGAUGUUGUGUCAAGUUCUGCCCGGCAAAAUCUACAAAUGCAAGAAAAUUAUAGCUGGGGCAAGUCUGCAGGAGGGAUUUGACUCUCAUACGUCACCAUGUGGCAAAGAACUGGUCAUUUUCGACUCGGCUUCCAUAUGGCCGUGCUACGUAAUAUACUUCACCAAGGCAGCUCAUGGAGAUUUUCAAUAUGCCUCUCCGAGUGGCAAGGUUUAUGGAUACAAGGAUGUUGUAAAUUGUCCUAGGUCAAAGGUAUUCAGUGGAAUGAUGAUCACAUUCUCCGGGAAAAUGGAUGUAUCACAGGACUUACUGUUGGAUCUAAUUGUGAAACAUGGAGGUGAUGCAGGUACUGCUGCAUAUUUUUCCAUACUGGUUUCUACCGAACAGGAGGUGGCAAGUAAGAAAAAAAAAUGCGCUACUGCGGAGUCGAAAAAGAUUCCCAUCGUUCCGCUGGCAUACAUCUAUAAUUGUAUCAUGGCUGGGAAACAACUGUCUUUUGAGGAUAUGCGGCUAUCUUGAAGUUGAAAUCUUUGCAAAAGUUUGAACAAAUAUUUGUGAAUAUGUAUAUAAUAUAAGAUUCUGCAUACGCGCUUUGAAAUUGUGCUCUCUCUGGACAAAAGGUCAGUGAAAGAAGGAGAAUUUCUUCGAGGACAAUUUUCUUAAAGAAUCUGGACAUUUGUGUGAUGGGAAAAGACCAGGAUAAAAGAGAUUUUUUGAGAGCAUCUGUGCAGAGGAAUGAGCUGUGAACCAUAAUUGCCAAUGUCUGUUUCAGGUCGAAUACUUUAACAAUAUGUAUGUGUAGGAACAAGUGGCAUUUUUUUUUGUACUUCAUCAUCGUCAUUGCUUUUCUCACCGUGGGUCAGGGGAUAGGCUACAGACAAACACUUUCCACCUUUUCCUAUCCUGGACCAGCCUGUUGAUAUUAUUGCAUGUUUUCCCACUUUUCUGUACAUCAUUCUCUCUGACUUUUCUCCAGGUGCAGCAUGGCUUUUUUGUACUUGCAGUACUUAAACAGAAGAAAUUUUAAACCAGCUUCUGUGUUGUAAUUAUUAUACACUUUAUUUUCGCUCGCAGAAGAUGUGAGUUUAAUUCUUGUGUGGGGAAAGUAUCUUCAUAUGUCUGCUGAGACAUAAUUGUAUCCCUCUCAGUCUUGAUUGGCCCAGACAGGCAGGGACAAAGCCACCUACAUCCUAAAUGAUCUAACUUGUGUUGAUGGGGAAGUAAAGUAUCCACAAUUAUACUGAAGCCUGGGAGCUGUAUGCUGAGGAGUAAACUCAAGUGUGUGCAGGGGUUCAAGUAGGUGGUUGAUAGAUCAGACGUUCUUGUGUGGGUUGCUCCUUCUUUCCUAUCAAAGCAUCUUCCGGCCGUAUUUCGCCUUCUUGUUUUCUUUGCAUGUUACUAUCAAGUAACACAUCUAAUAUCUUCAGCAUUUGUAUAUGACCUGUUUGUGUUGCCAGUGCCAUAAAAGUCUUACUAGAUCUAAAAGCUAAAUGGGCCCAUGCUUCCAUGGAUUACUUGCUGUUACUUAAAGAAUGGUUUUGGAACUUUGAAAGCUUUGUGUUAAGCACUAUCAUAUCCUUGAUUGCUCGGUCGGUCGGUCAGUAAGGAGGCCUCCAUUUUUUACUGGAGGAGUGUACCUACAUAAUUGUGAUUUGGAAAUGUGUUCGAUUUAUAUUAUAUAGAUAUAUGUUUAGGUUGUUACUGACAUCUGUGGUGAAAUGGUAAUGGAAAGGCUGUUCACCCUUGCAUGCAGAAGAUAUGAUUUAAUUCUUGUCAUCGAAAGUUUUUUUUGUACAAAUGAUCUGGUUCUGUCUGCUUGGAUGCUGUAUCCCACUCAGCCCGGUUUUGCUCUGGCAGGCAUGGUCAAAGUAGAAUGUCUCCUUAAUGAUUUAAACUGUGUCAUUGGGGUUGUAAAACCUUUGAGAAAAAAAGAAAGCCACAAAAAAGAUAAAUGAAA